CCAAUUCAGCAGCCAGAACCAUGAUUCGCCUCCACCCAUCUCCUACGUUGGUACCCCCAGCUGCCCACUUAAACACUGUCUGCAACUCCGACGUCAAUAGCUCGCUUCCUUCAGUCCCACUCCUAAAUAAUGUUUCCACUCUAACUAAAAUCCAUAAGCAGCCGUUGCUUGCCGUCAAAUUCUGCUCCUGUGGAAGAAGGCAUUUCAUUGAAUCAGCCGCUGCAACUGUACUCCCUAUACUUUGCCCCUCCGGCGCCUUCAGUUUAGACUCUAACAAUUAUCAGGAUAUGUUGAAGAGGAUACGCCCUCCAAGACCAGAUUGGUAUGAGGAGUUAUAUGCCUCGGUCCUGAAUAGCUUCACGAAAUCUUAUGAGGCAGAGGUUGCAGUUUACAAGUCACAACUCUUUGCCAACUUAAGAGGAAAGGCCAAGGAAGUUUUGGAGAUUGGAAUUGGCACUGGACCUAAUCUUGAGUACUACACUGGUGAUACUGAUGUCCAAAUUUUUGGUGUGGAUCCUAACAAAAAGAUGGAGAAGUAUGCUCGUGCUGCAGCAGUAGCUGCUGGCCUCCCAGUGGAGAACUUCAAAUUUGUACAUGCUGUUGCAGAGGCUGUUCCACUUAGUGAUUGUUCUGUUGAUGCAGUUGUUGGAACACUUGUAUUAUGUUCGGUUAAAGAUGUUGAAAUGGCACUGAAAGAGGUCAAAAGGGUGCUGAAACCAGGAGGGCUUUUCUUAUUUGUGGAACAUGUAGCUGCCAAAGAUGGGACAAUCCAUAAGUUCCUGCAGAGCAUUCUUGAUCCUUUGCAACAAACCCUGGCUGAUGGGUGUCACCUUACCAGAGAAACAGGGAAGGACAUUUCUGCUGCUGGGUUCUCAGAUGUAGAACUAAGCAUGGCCUUCUUGUCUAAUGCCUCGCUGCUAAAUCCCCAUAUUUAUGGAGUUGCUCGCAAAUAAAUCUGAAGAUUGACCAAGUUAUCAAUCCAAUUCCAGAUAUGCUUCACUUAAAGCAACUGGUAACACAGACUUCAGGCUUCAAUCUUUCAAUUGGUCUUAUUUCUGGGAGAAUUAUUCAAGUACUAAUCGAUUAUCUAAAUAUUUAUCAAGUUAUCAAUCCAAUCCCAGAUAUGUUUGACUUCUAGCAACUGAUAACACAGAUUUCUGGCUUCCAACUCUAAAUUGGUCUAGUUUCUAGGAGAAUGAUUGUGCCUUUUAAGCACUAAUCGAUGAAU